AAAAUGGCACAGGGGCGAGAGCAGCUUACGGAAGUCAGGCUGGAGGUACCGACGGCUACCGAGCUUCGACGUCAAAUUGUGCAAUCUCAAACCUCGGCUGUGUUCUCCUUCGCCAACUCGUUCAGAAAACAGGGACUCGUCAGCACUAGCAGAGUCGAGAUGGCCGAUUCUCCAGGAAUUCGACCAAAGGACAAGCGAAAACGGGUGAAUUACGAGAACACGUACAAGAUGACGCCCGACAGGCCAUUCCCAUACGUCGAAGUCCGACGCAUCAUCAGUGACGUCAUCAAUUCUCACUUAAAAGACGAAAAAUACGACCAAAACAGCUGUCGUCAGCAUACUAAAACGCUCGCUGAAAUGAUCAAGAUGCGAGUGAAAGAGUUAAGUAUCCCGCGCUACAAGAUUGUCUGUCUAGUUCACAUCGGGCAGAUUAAUGGACAGACUGUGAGAGUGGCCAGUCAGUGUCUCUGGAACCCGGAAUUCGAUACGUUUGCAGAGUACAGCUUCAAGAACGGGUCGCUUUUCGCUACAGGACAAGUUUACGGUGUCUAUUACGAGUAGAUUC